AUGAGUCAGUUUUUGGAAAUUUUGAAAACUAAUCCUGUUGGACUUCUUUCCCAGGAUGCUCUGGAGUCCAAGGAACCACUAUCGGCAGUGAAGACUUACUUUGACGAAGUCAUCAAUCUGAAUAAAAACAAUGGAAAUUCAAAGACAACAUUAGAUGAGAUAGUGGUUGAUGGGCUAGAUGCUAACCAGGUAUGGUGGCAGUCAAAAAUCAUUUUAGAUAAUGUUCAAGGUGAUAUCAUGGAAAAAAUCGCCGAACUGAAGGUUGAUAAUGAGAAUGAUAUGAGCGAGGAAAGCAGCGGAGACGAAGAUGAUGCCUCUAAUGUUGAAAAUUCCAAUGAAAUGUCUGCAGACGAAGCUCCAGUUUCUGAAGAGUCUGCUAUUGAAGAGGAGGAGGAAGAAGCAGAAAAUGAAGAGCUCGUUUUAGAUGAAGAACAACAGUUCUCAGAACCAGAACCUUUAGAAUUACAUGAGAAGGAAGAAGAUAAAUUGGAAAACGAAAGUGAUUCGGAACCUGAUGAUCAAUUUGUAGAAGCACAAGAAAGUCCACAAGCGAUCGAAGACAAGUUUGGUGUAAACGAUCAAUUUUUCAAUCUAGAUGAAUUCAAUAGACAAACACUUGAGGCUGAGAAUAGAAGCCAAGAUGCAGAUGAAGAAGAUGAGGAUGACGAAGAAGUUGAUUAUUUCGCAGAUGUUCCAUCGGAGGAAGAUGAAGAAGCUCUAUAUUACGACGAUUUCUUUGAUAAGCCAUCUAAUAAAAAAUCUUCCCAGGACAGGCGGCCAGGACCUUCAAAGAAAGCAGAGGCCGAAGAGGAUGAAUCCUUUGACGAAAGCGAGUAUGAUGAUGCAAUGGAGGAAGCUAAGUUAGAUCUUUUUGCUGACGAAGACGAUGAUUUUCAGGGAUCAGAUGAAGAAACUGCUGAACAACCAUUAUCUACCUUUGAACGUCAACAACUUGAGCUAAAAAGACAAAUAGAAUCCCUCGAAAAGGAAGCUGUUGCUGAGAAGAAAUGGGCGUUAAAAGGUGAAGUAAAAGCUCGCGAUAGGCCAGAAGAUGCCUUGUUAACGGAAGAUCUUGAGUUCGAAAGAACUGCCAAACCUGUGCCAGUUAUAACAGCUGAGGUAACAGAAACUCUCGAGAAUAUGAUCCGUAGAAGGAUCAAGGAAGAAGAUUUUAACGAUCUACAGAGGAGGGUUAUCAGCGAUAUUUCAGGCUACAAUAAUAAACCAAGAUUCGAACUAAGUGAUGUAAAGUCAUCAAAAUCACUAGCUGAAAUUUAUGAAGAUGAUUUCAAAGGUGUUACCGAGGAUACUGAAAUAUCAGAAGAAUUACAGAAAAGUCACGAUGAAAUUUCAGAGCUAUAUAAAGAUUUGGUUUACAAACUAGAUGCAUUAUCGUCAGCCCACUUCAUACCUAAGCCGAUAAAGAAAGAUCUUGAAGUAAGAGUGCAAACCGCCGCUAUUUCUAUGGAAGAUGCACAACCACUAACAAUGUCAAGUGGUUCCACAUUAGCUCCUCAGGAAAUCUACAAAGUUGGUAAAUCAGAGAACUCUAAUGAAAUAACUUUGAAGAAUGGUGUGGUGAUGUCCAGAGAUGAACUGUCCAGAGAGGAUAAAAACAGACUCCGUAGAGCUGCUAAGAGAAAGAGAUCGAAGCUAUCUGCGAAAAGAGCCGAACAACCUAGAAAGAAGAGUAAGACGGAUGAUGUUCUUAAUACCUUGACUAAAUCCAAGAACAUAACCGUUAUCGAUAAAAAGGGUGCCAAAACUGAUGUUAAGGGUAAUAUAAAGAAGGAUAAUGCAUCUGGUAACAUCAAUUUCAAGUUAUAG